GCUACAAAGUUAAAGUAUCAGAACAAGUAGAGAGCCUGUUUGGAAUCGAGAAGCCAAAAGCUAUUAGACAAGUGGUUCUCGCAUAUGCCGACGACACUACAAAUCAACGGCAGCAAAUCGCAAUUAAUAGUACUAAACUCAAAGCUCCCGACA